CUGCCCCUCUGUGUGCCAGUAUUACCCAGGAGAAAUCAUUGCCUGUGUGUCCAGUGACUUCGUGUUCGUAUCGUGCCAGGGAUAGAAGACUCACAGCAGCCAUGAACAACGCGUAUGAUGUCAUUGUCAUCGGUGGAGGCAUCUCAGGUCUUACAGCUGCUAAGUUGCUUGUGGAAUCAGGACUUAAUGUUGUAGUACUGGAAGCCCGGAACAGAGUUGGGGGAAGAACACAUACAAUUAGGAACAAAGAAGUCCAGUAUGUUGAUGUCGGUGGAGCAUAUGUUGGACCAACUCAAAAUCGUAUUUUACGAGUGGCAAAGGAAUUGGGUAUAAAAACAUACAAAGUCAAUGUACAGCAAAGACUUAUCCAUCACGUAAAGGGUAAAACAUAUGCAUUUCAUGGGUCGUUUCCUCCAUCAUGGAAUUUAUUUGUGAUUUUGGAUUAUAAUCAUCUAUGGAGGACAAUUGAUGAAUGGGGAAAAGAGAUUCCUGUUGAUGCCCCAUGGAAAGCUCCUCAUGCAUUGGAGUGGGACAAGAUGACGAUGAAGGAGUUUAUUGACAAAGUUUGCUGGACAAGAGCAGCUAAAAGGUUUGCUCAGCUUUUUGUGAAUGUGAAUGUCACCUCCGAAACACAGCAUGUUUCUGCUCUGUGGUUCCUGUGGUACACAAAACUUUGUGGAGGAACAGAUCGCAUGUUCUCUGUAGAAAAUGGAGGCCAGGAAAGAAAGUUUGUUGGAGGAGCAGGACAAAUAAGUGAGAAGAUAAUGGAGCUUCUUCAGGAUCGAGUCAAGCUAGAAAGACCAGUGGUCAGACUUGACCAGUCUGGGGAUAAUGUAAUUGUGGAAACCUUAAACCAUGAAAGCUAUCAGGCCAAGUAUGUUAUCAGUGCUAUACCACCGGGUCUAACAACCAAAAUCCAUUUCAAUCCAGAGUUGCCAGCCACUAGAAAUCAGCUAAUACAGAGACUUCCCAUGGGAUCUGUUAUAAAAACCAUGAUGUACUACAAGGAACCAUUUUGGAGACAAAUGGAUUACUGUGGUGCCAUGUUCAUUGAGGAUGAAAACACUCCUGUUGAGAUUGCACUAGAUGACACCAAACCUGAUGGUUCCUGCCCAGCCAUCAUGGGCUUUAUUUUAUCCAGGAGGGCCACUGCACUGACACAUCUUACCAAGGAAGAGAGAAAGAAAAGAAUAUGUGAAUACUAUGCCAAAGUUUUUGGUACUAAAGAGGCAUUGCAACCUGUGCAUUAUGAAGAGAAGAACUGGUGUGAAGAACAGUACUCCGGUGGAUGUUACACAGCCUUUUUCCCUCCAGGUGUAAUGACUCAGUAUGGAAGUGUCAUUCGACAGCCUGUUGGGAAGAUUUACUUUGCUGGCACUGAAACUGCCACACAAUGGAGUGGAUAUAUGGAAGGUGCGGUGCAGGCUGGCGAGAGAGCAGCAAGAGAGAUAAUGUGCAAAAUGGGACUCAUUUCAGAAAAUGAAAUAUGGGUGCCUGAACCAGAGUCUGUGGAUGUCCCUGCAUUACCAUUCAACAAAUCUUUUUUGGAAAGAAAUCUGCCAUCUGCUCGAGGUUUAGUGAGGUUUAUUGGCUUUUCUACUUUCUUAGCAGUGGCCACUCUUGGAUUCUUCGCACACAAGAAAGGAUUUGUUUUUCGAGUUUAAUAUCAAUUCCUGUUAUUUUGAUUCAACCAAGUCUUCAUGAAAACCAACCACUUUGGUAUUUGGAUGUAUCCAUUUUUAGAAUCAGAUUUUGAAUUAAACUGGACAAACCCAUUUUUUAUUGCUUAGAAAGAUUCUUGGAUUUACUGAUAAAAAAUAAAUAAAAAUGUAAAAUCAUUUAAAAAUUAACUUAAAAUGUGAUCAUAAAUAGUGCCUCCCAAAGACAAAACAAUAGUUAUGAGAUUUUAGCAUGUAAUUUAACAUAAAGUGCAGUAGGACAUCUGUUAAUGGUUGUAUAGUAUCCCUGGGUUUAUGUACCUGAGCAAUAAAGUAGCUCAGGAUAGAAAGCAGGCCAAGUACAUACAGUAAACGGUUUUAUCGACCAUAAACCUUCUGUGUGACCCUUAAAAAAUAAUAUGGAACUUACUGUAAAACAUAAAGAUGUUAAUGGAAAUUAA